CUGCAGCAGUGUUACUCGCAUACCUCAGUGGUUGUUCGCCCAACUUCUGAUACGAGAAUAACAAACAUUUAAAAAAUUAAUCCUUCCCUCGGGUCAGUCGUUUUGCUGUGGAAACUAGCUGAUUAGCUAAUUUGAUUACAUUUGCAGCGUUGAAUCAACGAGGCAACACCAAGAAAUUGUCCUGUGUUUCGACGUAGCUAGCUGACUCGACAUAGCCAGCUAGCGGCUAGCUAGCAACCACUACGGAUACAAUCUAGCUAACGGCUUUCGUUAUCAAAUACUCCCAGCAUGCUGAUGGUGGGAGGCGAUGGACGGAUGCAGUAAAAUGAGUGUGAUGGAGCUGUGUGAGACGGAUGAUCUGGCCACCAGCUUGGUGCUGGACCCCUUGCUGGGGUUCAGCACCCAUAAAAUGAACGUCAGUCCCCCCCCAGAGGUCCGUCGUUGGGGCUACCUCAAAGAGACUCUGCUACGCUUCCAACGCACACAUGACUUACAGGCUACCUUUGAGGCCCUCACAGUGGGAGACUGGGCCUGUGACUACUUCACUGGACUGGGAACACACCGUCUGGAACUACUGAAACAGCAUGUGUAUCGCUAUCUCUGUGCCUUCCUGUUGGAUAGUGGUGUCCAGAUUGAGUCAUGUGACCGAUACUCUUCAGAAACCAACGGAGCAAAGAUAACCUCUACCAAGCACUGGUUUGUAGGUGAGCGGAUGGAGGUUCUGUUGGGUUGUAUAGCCGAGCUGAGUCCAGCAGACAGUGCUGUUCUGAGAGCAGGGGUGAAUGACUUUAGUGUGAUGUACUCCACUCGUAAGCGCUGUGCACAACUCUGGCUUGGGCCUGCGGCUUUCAUCAACCACGACUGCAGACCAAACUGUAAGUUUGUUCCUGGCGAUAAGAAUGGAGGCUGUGUAAAAGUGGUGAGGCCCAUCGCACCUGGGGAGGAGAUCACCUGUUACUAUGGCGACAGCUUUUUUGGAGAAGACAAUGAAAUGUGUGAAUGCUGCACCUGUGAGAGAAAAGGAGAGGGUCACUUCCGACACAGAGAGAGGCAGCCUGGUUGUGAUGACUCUAAUGACCUGUCUGGCCAGAAGUACCGCCUCAGAGACACAGACCUUCGUCUUAACAGAGGGAAAGCACCCUGUCCUCCUACAUUUCGGCCUACAUUUACAUUUUCAAAUUCAGCUAUCCCUUCAAGGAAUUCAUUUACCCAGCAGAUGAAGAGAAAUGCUCUGAUGAUGAGCAGGAAGACCAAAAGGUUGAAACAGGAGGGGCAAAGGAGGAUAUCGGGAAUGAAGCAGCAACGGCUGAUAAUGCCAUCCCUAUCAGAGGUGGUGUUGAGGAACCUUAGGGUCCGAGUACGGCGCCACACGUUCAACUUCUUGUUGAGCUGCAAGGACCCCACCAGCAAAGAGAGGGCCUUGCUGCACCAGCUUGAACAUGUGGAGACAAAAACACAGUGGAGGAAGGAACAAUCUGCUCUCUGCUGUAUAACCAAAGAGAAUGACAAAAAAGAGAAGAGCAGCAAUACUUGUGAGUUAAACCUGAAGCCUUUCACUCUUCACCCUUCCUUGUCUUCUCAACAGAAUGCUGGACCAGCAGUUUGUGGACAGAUACUGGGUGGAAAGCCCCUUCGAGUGGUGGAAAAAGUAUCUGUCCAGACAAGGAUCUCUUCCAGAACAAGGAGCAUGAUCAGAAACUGUCACACACGCCCGUCUGUUUCCAGAGCCAAGAAGAACAACAAAAUAAUUUGCAAGCGCAUUGAACUCACCAAACCCAUUUGCAGAAAAAGCAACAGCGCAAGUCCUCAGAAACACAUGGAUAGCUGUAGUGGAAAAGAUGCCACGCACAAUGUUAUCAAAGAUAUUCAUGGAACCAAUUGCAUAACCAUCGAAAAUAACACCAGCGGCAACAACAAUGAUGUGGCAUACAUCAGCAACAGAACAUACACUGGUGGAGGCGGGCCCAAAGGCAGCAAGGCUCAGGAUGCAGAUCAGAAACCAGUGGAUCUGAAAGUGGAAAUCAAAACCAUUGGAGAAUCGGGGACUGAUGGGACACUUGUGGCGAGCAAACCCUCUGGUAAAAGGGUUGAAGUUUGCCAAAGUGCUUUGGACAAAGCCAAUAAGCCUGGGAAUCACCAGAAACCCAUUAGUACUCCCCUUGUCACUACCACCCCUAGUACCAUUUCUCUCUCUUCCCCCUCACUUGACCAUGUUCCAGUAAUGUCAGGACUGAAGCAAGUCACAGUUAGCUUGAUAAGAGUGUCUGUGCCGGAAAGUGUAGCAGAAGAAAGGGCCUGUCCAGGAUUGGAGGGAAAGGGCAUUGUGAGAAGAGAGAGCAGCGUACCAGUGCAAGCAGAACAGAUGGCUAGAUCAGCUACACAGGGAGGAGAGGCAGACACCAGAGUGUCCAGGUCCCAGCAGAAGUCCAUGGAGGAAGCAGGCAGAGAGUUGUCAGACGCUGAAGGGCUUAAAGGCCAGGAUGACCACUGCAAGAGGGACACACAACAGCAGUGCCAGCCCAUAGACCACCCACCAACAUCCCACCAUGCUCCCACAUCCUCCCACUCCUUGAGUACCCCGGUUUCAGACCGUAAGCCCAAAAGACUGAGGCUAGUGGUUACUGAUGGGCUAGUGGAUCUGGACCUCCAGUAUACAGACUGAUUUAUACCUGUUCUUCUCAUCUGACUUUGAUGCAGCUUGUAAUAUAUCAACAUUAUUGUACAGAAUUGUUCAUGAGGAGCAUAUCUCUGCCCUGAUGUUUUUUUAAGCAGCAAUUUACACAGUCUACCUAUCAUUAUGUUUGUUUAAUGGUUACUGGUGUUUGUUCUAAUCCCUCUCUUGGAUACUGUUAUGAUAUGAAUGUCUCAGAGAAGGUUUUAUUGACAUCUGUGGGGAUCGAGUAAUGUUUAUGCUUAACAGUUUUAUUUCUAUUUAUUUUGUGAAUACAACCAUCUUCUGUGUAAGUUCAGUGAUUUGCAAGAGGAAAAUAUGUAGUGAAUAGAUCAGUCAGUCUCCACAAUGCUUUUCUGGCAUGACGUCUGUCAUAGCAGAGGUUAGCCUCAAGGUGGGCACAUUGAACCCUCUAGUUAGUAGUAUGUGGAGGCCUUCUUAUUGUACUGUAACAUAGUUGAAUGGGUUGUUCUCUGAAGUUGACACGUCAGGAAGAUAGGCCUACACAAACCGUUUGCACAUUCUACAACAUGAUUACUUUGACAUAAAAAUGUGUUUUUAAGUUUUAAAACAAGUGUGUCUCUAUCAUGUUUCUGUGAUUUUGGGAAGUAGGGCUUUGAUUCCAGUCGGUUUAAGUUCUGUCUACGAGCUCUAAAAUGUACAGUUUUAUUGUAUUUGCUCUCUGUUUCACUAAGUACAUAGACUUGCAAGUGUGUGUGGGAGUGAGGAGUGAUUUUAGGUACCAUGCUUUUCUGUACAUGGUAUGUUUGUGCACUGCCUUGCCAAUUUGAGUGAAGAUUAGCAGUCAAUGGUGCAUUAAGAAAUGCACUGUGCAUCAACAGUGUGUGUACUGUAGAAUGACUUCCAGGCCUGUAAAUUCCAGGACAACUCCACUGAGGGGUGGCGUGCAUGACAUGAACUGCAGCUCUGCAGCCGCUGUCCAGAGCACCCACAGUAUACGAGGGAGGGAGACCGGGUGGGUGGGAGACUGACUGCAAUGUUUUCUGCAGAAUGAGUUUUUUUCUUUGGUCUUGUGUAGGUCAAGGGGUAGAUGAUACUGUAUUAGUGGGGCAACUUGGACUAAGUGGGUACAUUUUGUGUUCCCUCCCUUCCUUCUUUCCCCUCUGUAUCCACACUGAGAAUACUUGGUGCUUAUGGCAUUAUUUAUGAAGCAACUUCAAAGCAAUCUGUUGUGAAUUAGAACAAGGACAGUGACUUGUUACUUGAUAAUCUUGCUUUUAGUCUUGUCUCGCUCAUUACUUAAUUGGAUCACACUGGUUAGGCUAGUUGUGUAGAUGGUGAUCACAAUGAAAUGUUAUCUGAGAAAUGUGUAGUCAGCCACGUGGUUGCAUGUAUUAUUUUUACAUCCAUGAAUGAGAUUCACAUUUUUGAAAUGGAUGUUGCUCUUACACAUUUGUAAUGUCAUUUGAGCAUUCCACUUUCGUCAUCUAGACAUCGUUCCAGUAGCAAUCCAACAGAGGUACUCAAUAGGACUACAUCAUCUUAUGUAAAACCAUGAAGCAGUCAUGUCUGUCUGUAUUAAUACUAUUAUUAUUAUUAUUAUUAUUAUUGAAAAUGGUGCUUUAUUGUAAUUUAAUAUUUUACAUAUAAUAUUGAUAGUUCCAGAUAUGAAAGGUUUGUUUAUAUUACAUGAUAGAACAUAUUGUUUAUUUACUUUAAAAAAAAAAAUCUAACAUUUCAUUUAUGGUUCCCCAACAUUUCCCCUGGACCAAGAUUUAGCGUUGAUUCAGGUGGUGAUAUAUAAUCAGCCUUCUGAAGAGGUAAACAUUCUAAUGGUCUGCUGUAGAAUUGUAAAAUGUAAAUCAUUAAAGAAAAAUGCAUUCUUUUUUUUGAAUUAAGCUUUGGAUGUGUCUUCACAAUUUAUUCGUGGUAUGACAUGUAUUUAUUGGUUCAACAAACCCCCUUUGUGUCGUGUGGCAUGAAACUGUAUUAUGAACCAUGAUUCAUUUAUAGAUUUGUGGAUCGUCUGAAGCAUGCUAUGUUGAACUUGUAAUGUUAGCUUACAGUGCCUAGCUAGUUAAUCAUUUUGCUUAAUUAAAUACAGUAAUUAUA